CAACAACAAUCAAACUCCCUCCUCAACUCCCCACCAGAACUCACACCAACAGAACAAGAUGUUCUUGACGAAUACGAGCGUUUGGCAGAGAACAUGAAGAAGCUUGCCUCAGUACUAGAUACGCUGGCCUCCCAGCCCUCCGUCGCAAUUCUCGAUGGACUAAGGGAGCUGGAGCGCAAGACCAGUUUGGUGUUUACCCUUAUGAAGGCGAGCGUUUAUAGUAUUGUUUUGCAGCAGGAGAUUGAUUGGGGU